AUGGCAAUCAGCAAGCGUCCGAAUACAAAUGGCAGGAAACGAAUUCGCAGCGAGGAUGAAGAAGAUGAGCUUGCAUGGUCCGUGAGACAAACCAGAACGCGCACAUCUGCUAUGCCAGGGUUGGAGAAUUGGGAGGCUUUUGCUAUGAGACAACUAGCCGAACGUGAUCCUGAGGUUAUAUGCGCCAUGCUUGAUGCUACGAGGGCCGAAAUCAGGCAACGUUGCAACAAAAUUAAGUUUCUGGAAGCGAAGAUCGAGCACGUAAAGAAAACUGAGGAAGAAAAGCGUUGCAAACUCGAUGACGAGAUUGGGGCACUUAGAAAUGAGAUGCAUAACCUUCUCCUUGAAAAGACGGAAGAUUUCGGCACAACAAAGACAUCGGAUGACACCAUCAAGAGUAUGUGGUGGAAACUGUCUUACAAGAUCAAGAAUAUCGUCAGUAACUACUUUACUGAAUGGCCUCAAGGCGAGACAAUCGCCAUCAAUGACAUCGAGGACGAUCAGCAUGAGCAAAUCACACCAGCUGACCAUAUUGCUGAUCCUCACAAUCUUCCCAGUCCUCAAUAUCUGCAGAUGAUCAGCAAAAUGAAGUCAGCUCUUGACCUUGACCUCGAAAAAGAGGGUGUCCUCAGCAACCGUGUCAAUCUAGAGAAGUUGAUUGAGCGCACAGUUGUUCAUUUCGGAAAUCUCGUAGCAGACAAGAAGACACAUGAGUUUGAAGAGGAGAUGAGGAAAAUAUUCUCAGACGCGUGGAAAAUUCAUACCGCUACGAUAACAUCGAAAGCUAUCUUUAUCAUGCAGUGGUCUAAGGAUGACGGUAGCAAUGAUGAUUGCCCUUAUAACCCGGAGACAAUGGAGUUUUUUGAUGGUGAUGUUACCACUAGCGCAUCGGCACGCACUAUCCAAGUGGUCGAAUCCCCGAUAUUGUGGAAGAUUGGAAACGGGGAUGGCGAAAAUUUUGAUUCUUACAUGAUACUGUGCAAACACUGCGUCUUUCUGGGGGAGAAUAAGGAUGAGCCCAGUACAUGUACUUUGGACGAAUCAUCAUCAUCGUAA